AUGAGCAUAGCGGGCGUGCCAAGCAAAACCAACGUUCUACAUCUUUAUAGAGACUUCAUCAGGAACUCGAGACAGUUCACCAACUAUAACUUUAGGGAAUACUUUCUGCGGAAGUCCAGAGAAACGUUUAGACAAUUCAAGAAUGCAGGCGAUCCAGAGGUGCAAGCCCUGUGGAAACAGGCCCAGACAGAUAUAGGGAUGCUUAAACGGCAGAGUAUGAUAUCGCAGAUGUACACUUUUGAUAAGUUAGUGGUGGAACCAGUGGGGGAGAAAUCAAAAUGA